UCAACGUGAAGUAAUUACCAAAAAAAAUGACGUUUUUAAAUCGAAGUUUAUAUGAGUUGCAAAGGGAGGAAGAUUUCCAUCAGGAAUUAUUUCCUGGUUAUCCACAGGCAUUGUUACGUAUUGCAGCGUUAUGUUGUAUUAUGUUUAUGUUUAUUGGAAUACCAGGGAAUUUAAUUACGAUUAUUGCAUUGUUUAAGUACAAAAAAGUUCGAAAUGCAACAGCCUUAUUCAUAAUGAAUCUAUCAACAUCGGAUUUAAUGUUUUGUUGUUUUAAUCUACCAUUUGCUGCAUCAUUAUUCUGGCAGCGUGCAUGGACACAUAGUCGAUUAUUAUGUCGAUUAUUGCCAUUAAUGCGUUAUGGUUUAUUAGCUGUAUCAUUAUUUUCGAUAUUAUCAAUUACAAUUAAUCGUUAUGUAAUGAUAGGACAUCCUAGACUUUAUCCAAAGAUUUACAAGCCAAAACAUUUAGCUUGUAUGUUAGCUUUUAUGUGGUUGAGUGGUUUUGGUGCUCUCAUUGCUACAUGGCUUGGUAAAUGGGGUGCAUUUGGUUUGGAUGUACAAAUCGGCUCAUGCAGUAUUAUACCAGAUGAAAAUGGUCAUUCGCCAAAACAAUUUUUAUUUGUUCUCGCAUUUGUCAUUCCAUGCUUUUUUAUUUUAGUAUGCUAUGCAAGAAUUUUUUAUAUCGUGCGGAAAACAGCAUUAAAAUCACGCAUGGCCCCACGAAACAACGUAGUUUUAACAAACAACUCAUCAAGCACAACACAAAAAGACGACUCAAAAUCACAACAAUUCAAAGGAGAUUUUCAAAGUCCUGAAGAUUCAGCACUCGGUACAUUAUCAACGGGGGCCACAUUAACCGACAAAUCAAGUUUAAAUGCCGAUAAAAUUCAUUACAUCAACGAAGGUACUUCGUAUUUAUUAACCGAUGAUCCAAGUAUUGGAAAUAAUGAUUCUAGCGGAAUCGAAAAAUCACCGGUUCAUACGAAAAAACAAUUUUCAGACGAUGAAUAUGACGUGAAAAAUGGUGAAGUAUUAAACAAUAAUGGAAUUAAUGGUAAAUUAAAAGUACGAUCGAAUCCAAAUUUACUUACUUUACCGGAACAAAAGUAUGGUAAAGUGAAAAAUAAAUCGAUAAAUGAUCGAAAAUUAUCAACACGAUCGUAUAGUGAAGAAAAUUUAGAUAUUGUACCAAAAUUAAAAACGGAAAAAGAAUUAAAUAAAUCGAUCAAGAAAAAUGGAUCACAAUUAGAUAAAUCGUUUAGUUUGGAUCAAAUUACAGAUAAUGAUCAAAAGGUCAAUAAUAAAAUACCAGCAAACGAAGAAGGUACCAGAAAACAAAGACGUUGUUCAUCGUUAGCCAUCGUAAAUGUUGGUAACAUAUUCCGACGUCAAAGUCAUUUUACACCAAAUAAUAAUGAAAAAUUUCGUCAUAAAUCUAGUCUACGUCAUACACCUAGCACACACAAUACACCGGGUAAAAUGACAGCAAAAGAUAAGAAAAUCUUAAAAAUGAUUGUCGUCAUUCUAUUAUCAUUUAUCACAUGUUAUCUACCCAUCACCAUCUCUAAAAUGUAUACGAUGGACUCUUACUUAUUUAAUAUUAUGGGAUAUAUAUUAAUUUAUUUAACACCCUGUAUAAAUCCACUAAUUUAUGUAGUGAUGAGUUCGGAGUAUAGACAGGCGUAUAAGAAUCUUUUAAUGUGUAAAUCGUAUGGUUUAGAAGGUUCUGGUCGUAGUACAUGACAGCAGCGACUGACUGCUAAACAUUUAACUGUUAAUAAACAAUUAGACUGAUAAUAUUGUAAUCUUGUAAAUAUUCAACAUUUUUUUAAUAUACUUAAAAAUAAAAUGUAUUAAUUAACUUGCUCACACUGUACAUAAUAAUCACUAAUCAUUGACUUCACUCGUGUUUGAUCAUGAUCUGAUCGUCUGCCCAACACGCGUCCCCCCUUAUGUAGGGCUAAUAUUUGGUGGAGGUACUAAGGAAGGUCCAAGGAAUUCCCCAUAUCUUAAUCUGACGCGCUCAAUUUACUACACAAAUCCCCUGUUGGGCUCCCCUACUAAUAUGUGAGUUGUAUUGAACAUCCAAAUAGAAUACAAGCUCAUGCUGAAAUUUUUCGGGUGAAAUGACAUCAGGAAUCAUGUUGAAAAGGAAGCUCCUAUAUGUAAAAGUAAGAUUAAGCACAAUGGCGUUAGUUUUGCGCGGUACAGGUAAGUAUAGGUGAGAAUAUGAAUUCCCCACCCGUUGGUUUCUAACCCCUGCACCAGCAAGUAUUCGAAGCGAAUUACAUAAAUGUUAUACAGAAAUAAAUCCGGUACCGAAGUUACCAGAAAUUAAAAAGAAUUUUUUAUAUUCCAUCAAUUUCCGAUGCCCUAUGUGAUUUAUUUCUGUAC